UUCAUGAAGUAGCAACUUAAUGCUAAGCGGAGAAGUUACCAGCGAUAGUAAAAUGUUGCAGCAUAAUUUCGAUUCUCUGUAACUAAUAGACAUAUCAGUGGCCACUGUAGAAUAAACACUACCCAGUAUUGACUCAAAAUAGCGUAACAGUUUUUAUAACAUUGCCAUUUACAAAUAGUAAGGUUAGGGUAAGCGGCGGCGCACAGCCGACACAGGAGGAGAUGUCUGCUGUUAUACAUUAAAAAUAGUACCAGGACCUUCCAAGACGAAAAAAAAUGCCAUCGAGAAAUCAUCUUGACAAAAUUGGGAGGAAGAAAAAGAAGAAAUGGACAGAGGAUGCCAUGGAGCGUGCACUGAUAGAGGUCAAGUCAGGAAGGUGCACAGUGAGACAGGCCGCCAAGGAGUUUGGAGUCCCUAAAUCUUCACUGGGGGACAGAGUCAGUGGACGGGUGACCCCAGGGAGUCGCAGCGGGCCUGCUCAGCUUAUAACAUCUGCCGAUGAGGAACUGUUAGUUGAGUUCUCCUUAUACAUGUCCAGGCAUGGAUUCCCACUUACAAAGCAGCAGCUGGUGUCCUUUGCAUCAUCGAUUUAUAAGCGGCAGCACCGGAGGGUGGCCUUUUCCAAACUGGGCCAGACAUGGUGGCUCAAUUUUAGAAAACGACAAGAGAAAAACAUCACCAUUCAGCCAGCAGACAAUGUUGUCCGUGGGAGGACGGUGUCAGUACGAAAGGAAGCAGUAGAUCAGUUUUUUCACCUACUGAGGACUGUUGUAGAUGCUCACAAGCUCAGAGACAAGCCUCACCAAAUUUUCAACUGCAAUGAGACAGGCUUUCAGCUAGGCAGGAAGAGGGUGACUCUCCCCAAAUCUGCCAGUCUAGGCUACAAGCCAGCUCCAGGCUCCAGGGACCAUGUCUCUGUCCUGGCUUGCUUUAACGCAGCUGGAGAAGACAUCCCCCCAUUUAUAAUCUACUCAAAGGCCUAUCCAGGGGGAGUAUGUUACAAGACCCAAGGACCGCCAAAUGCCCUAUACGGGUGGUCAGACUCGGGGUGUGUCAAUUCAGACCUCUUUAAGAAAUGGUUCCUCAAACAUUUUCUCGUGCGUGCGCCAAAGGAACGUCCACUCCUGUUGAUUUUCGACGGCCACAGGUCACCUGUGAACCUGGAGGUGGUGGAAUCAGCUCGUAAGGAGGACGUCAUUCUUCUGUGUCUCCCGCCUCAUUGCUCACACAUCCUCCAGCCGCUCGAUGCUGGCCUCUUUGUGGUCCUGAAGCAGCAUUUUGCUUCGCUCCUAGGUGAUGACCACACCACUGACACCCACUUUGCAGUUAGCAAAAAGGAGUUCUCAGGUGUUUUUAAAGGAACAUAUCAGGUAGCAAAGGAGGAGGAAGGUGUGAGGAUUGUGAAGGAAGGCUUUAGGAAAUGUGGGAUCUACCCACUGAACCACUUCACCAUCAGUGACGGUCAUUUAAUAUCAGCACACAGCAUUGGCCCAGUAGCUGCACCCUCACUGUCAUUAUCGUCAUCACAAGGGGUGCACACUGUAGGAGACCUCACAGCUGCUGGACCCUCCUCCUAACGCAACACUAUCACACUGAUAUUAUAUUGGAGGAAACUGAUUGCAUAAUUCAGCAAAGCAUAAAUAAGCACAGGCUAGUUCUGUCAUUUGAAGUCCUGAAUCAGUCAUUUUAAAUUUGUACACCACCUCCUGCUGCCUCCCUGCAGAGAGCGCCGUUUGAGGAAGGCGUGCGUUAUUAAUUUCUUCUCAACACUGAGCUCAGAUUUCGUUAUGAUAAUGUUUGAGUGCUGCACAACUUUGGUUUUCAGUUGGUUGGAGUCCCAAGAUGAAUGUGAAGGUUUUCAGAGGGAUUACAGAAGAAUAAGGAAAAAUCGAGGAAAUAUUUCUGCUUAAAAAAUGUUAUUUUCUUCACAAAUGUUUUCAUGUUCUUGUGAAUUAUUGAAUAGAAAGUUAAUUUAAAUGAAGCGACCCGUGAAUGAAAAACCCCUGAAAAGUGCUCACGAGUUGCUUGAAUUUAAGGGACUGCAAGCAAAAGAACAUUGGUAGAUGUUGCUGUGAAUCAAAUUUAUCGUCAGUCCCAUCUUCAUGGGGGGUUUUUUUUGUGUUUUUUUUUUUUUUUCUGCUGUUGCUGGCCAGUCAACUACCUAACCAUCAUCGGUGAUGGGCAUGAUUUCAGUUUUAGUGGUCUCUGACAGUAAGUGAGGGAGGCAAAUCUGCAAGGUGUGAGCUGCCCCAGUAGUUCUGCACUGAUAACACGGGUGCUUCACUCUCUAUUUUUAUGUAUGCAACUAAUAUGACAAAUUCACCUGAUUAUCUCAAACACACUGGGAAAGAUAAGGGAUGGAUUUAAAACAUUGUGGACAUCUCGUAACUACAGAAACGGAUGCAUUAGGAAAAAUAAGAUUUGGCAAGCUUUGUGUGCUAAGCACUUCCUCCUUUAUGGUGUUCAAGAUGUCCAUUAAACCCACUGUUGGCUCUUGAAAACCAGAUAGGCUUGGAGUGGAAGGUGAAGCCAUUUUAUCAAGGAUACAGAUGAUGCAGCUAUAGGAUGAGACACACCCACCACUGUUGUAAUGGUUCACUCUUGAGGUCAAAGAAAACAUGUCAGUUUUUGGUUCCACCUGGGAAAUAACACUUUAAAAUUGAAUGUGCAAAUCUGUUAUUCCUUUACUUAGACUCACCGGCCUUUUUGUUAGGUACACCUCUUCAGCUGCUUGUUAAUGCAAACAUCGAGGCAGCCAAUCACAUGGCAGCAAGUCAGUAUAUUUAGGUAUAUAGACAUAGUCAAGCCGCAUUAUUAAUGUGCAGCUGACAAAUCUGCAGGAACUGUGUGGUACUAUAACGUCCAUAUAGUACCUUAGUGAAUCUAUGGUGUGAAUGAUUAAGGCAGUUCUGAGGGUAAAAGGGGGUCCAACCCAGUGCAAGCAAGAUGUACAUAAUAAAGUAGCCAGUGAGUGUAAGUAUUCUGAAUGUUUUUGAUCACAGAAACUGAUAGAAAAGAAAAAUGUAAUCUAAAUAUUCUUAAGGAAAGAUUUAUUAAUUUGCUUCUUUCUGUUCACAUGGACGAAUGAACCCUACAUGA